AAGGUUAAACCCACCUGACCGAUUGACUGAUAUCAGCUCGCUCGUGAGAGAGAGAGAGAGAGAGAGAGAGAGGAGAAACAGGGCGGCCAUGUUUGGGAGGAGACUGGUAUCGUCGCUUCUCAAAAGGAGUAAAGACCUAAAUAAGAGCAUAUACUACAAUGUCAAGGGAUCAUCAACUAGGGUUUUGAAUGAACCAUCUCUAAACCCUUGCAGAUUCUACUCUGUUAAUGUUGCUGGUCGUAGUACUACUACUCCUGUUACGGCAAGGAACUCCAUUUUCUAUGGCUUUAGAUCUACAGUCCAUCAUCAUCAUCGUCUUAAGGAUUUUUGUACGCCGUCAUUUAGGAAUAUGUGUACCAUGACAUCUGCCAACAUGAUAAAUAAGGAGGGUUUGAAGCUUUUGGUUACUGCUGGGCCCCAUGCGCAGAAAGUUGUUGGAAUAUGGCUUUUUGCUUCUGCUGCAUGGGUGUUUAGUAUGGUGGUGCUUGGGGGUGUCACACGACUUACUCGAUCUGGUCUUUCGAUGACUGACUGGAAAUUCACCGGUGACCUUCCUCCUCUAUCAGAUGAUGACUGGUUGAUUGAGUUUGAGAAAUAUAAGCAAUCCCCCGAGUACAAGCGUGUAAACAAAGGGAUGAGCAUUGAAGAUUUCAAGUUCAUUUAUUGGAUGGAAUAUGCACAUCGUAUGUGGGGAAGAGGACUGGGUAUCAUGUUCGCACUGCCAUUUUCAUAUUUUCUUCGUAAGGGAUACAUUACUCUGCAACUUGGAAUGAGACUUUCUGUUUUAUUUGCCCUGGGUGCUGGACAGGGACUAAUCGGUUGGUGGAUGGUUAAAAGUGGAUUGGAGGAGCCACCAUCUGAAUAUUCUCAACCUAGAGUAAGCCCUUACCGCCUAGCAGCUCAUCUUACGUCAGCUUUCGUUAUUUACUGUGGCCUGUUUUGGACUGCUCUUUCUGUUGUUAUGCCUGAACCACCUGCUGAAUCAGUUGCUUGGGUUCGUGGGGCAGCAAAAGUUAAGAAACUUGCCCUUCCUCUAAGCAUCCUCGUUGGCAUCACUGCGGUAUCAGGAGCAUUUGUUGCAGGGAAUGAUGCUGGACAUGCAUUUAAUACUUUUCCGAAGAUGGGUGAUACAUGGAUUCCAGAUGAUAUUUUUAGCAUGAAGCCACUUAUCCGCAAUUUCUUUGAGAACACAUCAAUGGUGCAGCUUGACCAUCGUAUCCUUGCGACUGCAACCUUAGUUUCAAUUGGCGGCUUUUGGUGGUCAAUGAGAAACCUGGACAUUCAUCCCGCCAUACGAUCUUUAAUUGGAACCACCAUGGGCAUGGCAGCUCUUCAGGUGACUUUGGGGAUAUCAACACUUCUCUCUUAUGUACCUGUUUCGUUAGGCACUGCUCAUCAGGCUGGAGCUUUAACUCUUUUGACACUUAUGAUACUGCUUAAUCACACUGUGCGAAAGCCUUCAUUGUCGCUUCUAAAAACUCUUCCUUUAGUUGCAAAGUCGAACUGAUAGUUUCAGCCUAGGAAUUUGUAUCGCGGAUUAUAAUUAUUCAUCAGUUCACAUUUUAAAUGUUGACUGUUCAUCAGUUGCCUGUUGUCAAGGUCAGUGGAAUAUUCAUCAGUUGCCCAUUGUCAAGGUUUGACUGGUGUUGGAAAGAGCCACAGGCCCCCUACUCCCUUUUAAAUCUGAAAUGCGGACUGACAACGGUGCAUACGAUAAAAUGCAAGGACCAAUGCUGUGUAUUGCAGUGUUAACAUGACAUCAAUAGAGGUACAGUGUGAGUUUGGUGGAUUACUUUAAGGUCCGAAAGUUUGACAUAUAAAAGCUUCUAUUUGCAAAAGUAUCGUUCAUUAAUAGGAGAAUUACUUGGACUGUGGUCUUUAAAAUUUA